UGAACCAACCACAACAAAUGAAUCUAUCUUCUCUCUAGUUACCUUACUGUUUGGUCAACUUCUCUAUAACAUUUUAAUUAUUUUUUCCUCCACAAUCACCCCUCAUGCUAUGUCUAUGUCCAUCUUCUUCCCAUCCCUUAUAGCUUCUUCCUUUUGUACUAAUUAACAUAGCUUAUAGCUUAUAGAUAUAUAGCUACAACUACUACACAUACAUACAUACAUAUAUACAUACAUAUUGAUUAUUAAUUAGCUCACAUAUAAAACUAAAUCACAAUUUGUGUGAGAACAAUAAUAAUAGAUAGAUAGAGAAUAGAUAGCCAUGGCAUCAUCAUCACCAUCAACCUUGCUAACAACAAAUUCAAGGUUGGUAUUCAGUGUAACGAUGAUGUUCAUCAUUCUCUUCUUCUUGGCCAUAUGUGCGUAUAAUAGUCGAGUUGAAUUAGGUCUCCUUUUGCCUCUCAAAACUACUCUUCAUUCCAAACAUGCUCCUAAUAAUGUGCUACAACAACAACAACAACAUAGUAUUCCACCAUUGAUGCCACCUUCAUCCCCUAGUCAUGAUGUUUCUCAUGAUUCCACUAGUGGAAUAAUACGGAAGAAAAGGAAUAAUAAUAGUUUGGUGAGAAUUGAAAAAGAUUUGGCUGAAGCAAGAGGAGCAAUUCUGAGAGCGAUACGGAUGCGGAAGUUCACAUCGGAGAAGGAAGAGAAUUUUGUCCCCAUUGGACCCGUUUACAGAAACCCUUAUGCUUUUCAUCAGAGUCACUUAGAGAUGGUGAAGAGAUUCAAAGUGUGGACUUACAGAGAAGGAGAACCACCAUUCUUCCAUGAAUGGCCCAUGAAAGACAUCUACGGGAUUGAGGGACAGUUGAUGUCCGAAUUAGAAAAUGAUUCAAGCCCAUUCUGGGCCCAUAGCCCAGAGGAGGCCCACGCGUUCAUGAUGCCCGUAAGCGUGGCGGAGAUCGUACAUUAUCUUUACCGUCCUCUGGUGAGCUACUCUCGCGGCCCACUGAUGAGAGUCGUCAUUGAUUACACCCAGACCAUAGUCCGCAAACACCCUUACUGGAAUAGGACCAACGGCGCUGACCAUUUCAUAGCCUCUUGCCAUGACUGGGCACCAGAAAUCUCAAGAAAGAAAUUAGGGAAAAAGUUAUUCAAGAACAUAAUAAGAGUUCUAUGCAAUGCUAACAACUCAGAAGAAUUCAAUCCCAGCAAAGAUGUCUCAAUUCCCGAAAUCAAAGUGCCUUACCACCUUUCCCAACUGCACCCAAUAAACAACCACCACCACGGCCAUAACCACAAAACAAUACUCGCUUUCUUCGCCGGAGGGUCUCACGGUAGCAUAAGGAAGAAGCUUCUAGAUCACUGGAAGGACAAAGACAAAGAGGUCCAAGUCCACGAGUACCUUCCACGUGGCGCUGACUACAAGGCUCUCAUGGGACAGAGCAUGUUCUGUCUCUGUCCGAGUGGCUACGAAGUUGCAAGUCCUAGAAUCGUGGAGUCCAUUAACGCAGGGUGUGUUCCUGUGAUUGUUUCGGAUUACUAUGAGCUUCCGUUCAGUGAUGUUCUUGACUGGAGCAAGUUCUCGCUGCAUGUUCCAUCGGAGAAGAUAGCUGAGAUCAAGAACAUAUUGAAAGGUGUGUCGUACAAGAAGUACUCCAAGAUGCAAAGGAGGGUGUUACAAGUGCAGACACAUUUUCAGUUGAAUCGACCGGCUAAGCCGUUCGAUGUGUUGCAUAUGAUUCUUCACUCUAUAUGGCUCAGAAGGCUCAACAUCAGGCUAGCCAAUUGAGAUGAACAUUGUGUACACUGUAUACUUCACCUUAGUAGCCCAAUAAGAUUACUUGAGUUUCAGGUUGAAUGUAAGACUUUUACAUGUGAGCCACUCACAUAAAAGACGUUUAAACUGUAUUAUUUCUGUUAUAAUUAGAUUAUACAAAUUGAUUUGACCA